AUGAUUGUUGACUUGCCAAAGGAUGGUAACUACAACUCUAUCCUAGUCAUUGGUGACAGCUUCACCAAGUACAGGAUAUUUGUUAAAUGCUCCAAGAAACUCAAGGCACCCAAGCUAGCAGAAUUAUCCCUGGAAAAUGUGUGGAAAUGCCAUGGCAUGCCUGAGAAAACCAUAUCUGACCAAGGCCGGGUUUUCAAUAACAAAUUCCUGAGGGCAUUAUACAAAUGCCUAGGAAUAGACCUGCACUUCUCCUUGGCCUACCACCCUUGGAGUGAUGGUCAGACAGAGCAGGUAAACCCUUUGAUUGAUGUUGUACACCACUGUAAGGUGGGUACAUGCUGGUGA